AUGCCUAGACCAAAGCCUAAAACUUAUGAUCGGCUAAACAAUUUUAUUAAAGAAUUCGGUGAAAUAAUAUUUUUGGCAGAUAACUCUGUUUUAUUUUGUAAAAUAUGUGACAUAAAAGUUAGUGCUGAGAAAAAAUUUACUGUUAUUCAACAUAUUAAAACAGCAAAACACAUCCAGGGUUUAAAUCGACUACAAUUGAAACCAACUAAAACUCAGCAACUUGUAUCCACGUCUUUCUCCAAGAAAAACGAUUUUAAUAGAGACUUAUGUAAAGCGAUGUUAUCAGCCAAUAUACCAUUGUAUAAACUGGAAAAUAAACAUUUUCGAGAAUUUUUGGAGCUAUACACUAAAAAAGAAAUACCGAAAGAAGCCACUCUCCGUAAAGGUUAUGUCGACGAUUUAUUUUUAGAAACAAUUGAAAAAAUUAAAAAUUGUGUUGAUGGAAAAAAAAUUUGGGUCUCGAUAGACGAAACCACUGACGCAGAAGGACGCUUUAUUGCCAACGUUAUAAUUGGAACUCUUACAGUAGACGAUCCGGGUAGUAUUUUUUUGUUGAAUUCGGAAAAGUUAGAAAAAUCAAACCAUUCGACCAUUUUUAAGCUUUUUGACCAAUCAAUGAACUUGCUCUGGCCACAAGGUGUGAAAUACAAUGAAGUGCUUUUAUUUGUAACCGAUGCCGCGCCUUACAUGAUUAAGGCCGACAAAGCGAUUCAAAAUUUGUACACUAAAAUAAUUCAUGUAACCUGCUUGGCACACGGGCUUCAUCAUGUUGCUGAAGAAAUAAGAAACCAGUAUAAAAACGUCGAUCAACUCGUAUCUAAUGUGAAAAAAACUUUUCUUAAGGCACCGUCACGUAUUCAAACAUUAAAAUCUGUUGCAUCUGAUAUUCCAUUACCUCCGCAACAAAUUUUAAUCAGGUGGGGUACUUGGAUUGAUGCUGCUUUAUAUUAUUGUAAAUAUUUUGAAAUUAUUAAACAAGUUAUUGAUAUGCUUGAUGAAAACGAUCCAGAAUCCAUAAAAAAAUGUAAGCAAAUUUUAAAAUCAAAUAAUUUGGAAGCAAAUUUAGCUUUUAUCAUGUCAAAUUAUGGAUUUAUUUCUACAUCUAUCACUCGACUUGAAACCAAAGGCAUGUCACUUACUAAAUCCAUUAAAAUAAUUAAAACUACAAAAGAAUCUAUACAUUCAGCAAAAGUUGGUGGAUGCGCUCAAGCUAAGGCUUGA